AUGAAACCGUUAACUUCGGCGCCGGGAACCCGCAACGACGACGGAUCGUCGGCGCGCAGUGAUAGCGAGACGCCGAUCGCCAAUUGCAUUUUCCACAAUCGCCAUAGCAAUUCCACGGAGCAUAGUUCGACGACGUCCUUCGCGGACCGGAACACGGCCGGCAGUACGACGGUGGACGGCGGCGGGCGGAUGCGGGCGCGGCCGUCGCGGUCGGACGAGACGACGGUGAAGCAACGGCACCGCACGUUCGUUCUGGAGGCGCUGUUCCGGCUCUGGCUGGCCGCGCAGAAGUACGGCUGCCUGGCGCGCAACGACACCCGUAUACCGGCCGACGCGCGCAAGUACUUCGCCGACCGGUUCGCGGACACCAAGCACCGGGUGGACGGGUUCGUGGAGCACAUGUACCGUCUCCGGCAAUCGGGCGGCGGGCGCAACUCGUACACCGACCUGUACGCGGGCGUGUUCCAGCUGGAGGCCCGUUUCAACGCCGACAUACAGAGGUACAAAGACCUACUGAUCACGACCGGGCCCGGGGGCGGGCCGCGCUGCGGACUGUAUAUGUGCUUGAUGAACUUGAUGCGCUUCUUAUGCGGCAGCGAUUGCGGCAAUAACGAAAAAAAAUGA